CAGAUGGUGGACUAUAUAGCCGACUAUCUAGAAAAUAUCCGAGACAGGAGAGUGUAUCCAAGUGUAACACCCGGAUAUAUCCGGAAUCUCGUCCCCAUGGACGCUCCAUUGGAGCCUGAGUCUUGGGAUGCCAUCUUUGGAGACAUCGAGCGAGUCAUCAUGCCAGGGGUAACCCAUUGGCAGAGUCCACACAUGCAUGCCUACUUCCCCGCUCUCAAUUCCAUGCCGUCCUUGUUGGGCGACAUGUUAGCUGACGCAAUUAACUGUCUCGGUUUCACUUGGGCAUCCAGCCCUGUAUGCACGGAGUUGGAGACCGUCGUUAUGAAUUGGCUGGGCAAGAUGACAGGCCUGCCCGAGGACUUCUUACACGUCCGGAGUGACAGCAAAGGAGGAGGUGUUAUUCAGACAACUGCAAGUGAAGCUACUUUUAUCUCGAUCCUAGCAGGACGCACAAUGGCCAUUCAACGCUUCAGGGAAAGCCAAAUCGGCCUGGAAGACGCAGAGAUCAACAGUCGACUAGUCGCCUACUGCUCUGAUCAGGCACACUCUUCAGUAGAGAAGGCGGGACUGAUCGGGUUGGUGAAGAUGCGAUAUAUCGAGAGUGACGAUAAUCUGAGCCUCCGGGGUGACAAGCUGGAGGAGGCCAUCAAGAAAGAUCGCGAGAAGGGUCUAGUGCCGUUCUUUUUGUGUGCAACGCUGGGCUCGACAGGAGCAUGUUCCUUCGACAAUCUAGAGGAACUUGGUCCGAUAUGCGACAGAGAGGGGCUGUGGCUUCACGUGGACGCGGCAUAUGCGGGCAGUGCUUUCAUUUGUCCUGAGUUUCGCAAAUGGCUGAGCGGCAUAAGCUAUGCCGACUCCUUUGCCUUCAACCCUAGCAAGUGGUUGAUGGUCCACUUCGAUUGCACAGCCAUGUGGGUCAAGAACAGUGAGGCUCUCCACAGGACAUUCAAUGUGGAGCCAAUUUACCUGCAGCACGAAAACUCAGGUCUAGCAAUUGACUACAUGCACUGGCAAGUGGGGCUGAGUAAGCGGUUUCGAGCUCUAAAACUGUGGUUCGUGAUUAGGAGGUAUGGAAUCACCGGGCUCCAGAGCCACAUCCGUGAGGGUGUUCGUCUGGCACAGAACUUCGAGGCUCUUGUCCUUGCAGAUCCUCGCUUCGAGGUUCCUGCCCCCCGCCACCUAGGGUUGGUUGUCAUCCGACUCAGGGGAGAAAAUCUGCUAACAGAACGUCUCUUGAAGAGACUCAACUCUCGGGGCAACAUCCAUUGCGUGCCUGCUCUACUGAAAGGAAAGUACGUGAUAAGGUUUACAGUGACGUCGAGCCAAACAACCCUGGAUGACAUCAUGAGAGAUUGGAUGGAGAUCAGGAGCACCGCAAACGAGGUCAUCGCCGAGAGCACCGACCUCGCUCCGCCCUCCGUCAUCUCCUGGCACAAAGUUCCAUUAGGAGAAACAAGAGAGAGAAAUGCCGAUUUUGGAUCCAGUUUACUUCUAGCCAAUUCGCCAAUGUCACCGAAAAUAGUGAACGGCAGCUACGCAGCUAUCUUCGAGUUUGGUGGUCCAUCUUUGCCCUUGAGCCAUUUACUCAGCGUGCAAGCUAAAGACAGCCCAGCUAUGAGAAGACGCAUUCGAGGUAUCCUAAUGUCGGGGAAGCAGUUCUCACUCGACUCGAGGAUGGAUUUGGUCCAAGGUUUCAACCCAGGUCAGGGCCCAAGCGACUUGCCAGGCACGGUUGAGGAAGACUCAGAGCCAGAACCGAAGAUGGUGUUGGAAAGUGAUGACGGAGAAGAAAACACUCCACGACCCAACCGAUCCCGCUCCGUUGACCAUUCCAAUGGUGUCUACUCCGAAAACAACGGAUUUGCCGACAACCCCGUCCCUGCUCCCACUGUCGACACAGCCAUUUGCAGGAAAUGUGGUCAUUACAAUGCGACCAAAAGUAGUGAAUUAAUGUUUGAAACCAUGUUCAGAAAUAUCAAACACGUCAGGAUGCAGUUCGCGUGCCAUGAGCGACAGCUCGUCUGCUUUAAUUAUCACUGUAGUGAAGGUUGGCUGGGCGUUGGCUCUUCACCACCUCGGCGAAGGUGUCGUAGGCCAUGGUCCGGACUGGUGGUUCAGGAGGAGCUGGCGACGUAUGGGCGGCGGGCGAUCUCGGCUGGGCCGGCGGCGGCGGUCCGCAGGGGUCAGCGGGUGGUGCCGGGGUGA